UUAUUUCCCCCCCUUUCUUUCCUCCCCCCUACUCCCAAAUCACUCCAAAAUAUACUUUCUUUCUAAGCGUCUUGAUAUAUGUGGAGAAAAAAAUGGCUAAUAUUCCUAGUAGAGAUAUGAAGAAAAGUCCUUCUGUAUUGUCUUUGGAGGAGUUCAUUAAUCACAACAAAUUUUAUGGAGAAGUUGCAAAAAUUGGUGAUGAUUUUGGAGGGAGUGAUCAUCAUCAAAAUACCAAUAAUAAUAAUAAUAAUAUUAAUCAUGAUGAAAACAACAACAACAAUAAUGGUCAUCAUGCUCAACUUUUUGAUGAUAUGUGUUCUAUUGCUCCUUCAUUUACUAUGAAAAAUCAGGAAAUAUUAAAUGGUUUCUCAAAUUGUGCAUUGACAGAAAAGCCCCUAUGGUCUCCAACUGUGGAUUCACAAUCUUCAAUAUGUGCUGGAAGUCCAACACCAACUAUUAUUAUGCCCAAAGUGAGAGACAAUCAAGCUAUGGGAGCUACUAGUGGGUCCUACCAGUCUGACGAUGAUGACCUGGAGGGUGAAGUGGACCCGGGCGAGGAAAGCACGGACCCUUUGGACAUUAAACGUAUCCGAAGGCAAGCCUCUAAUAGGGAGUCUGCACGGCGUUCGAGAAGAAGAAAGCAAGCACAUUUAGCAGAUCUUGAAAAUCAGGUUGAUCAAUUUAGAGGUGAAAAUGAAUCAUUGUUUAAGCAGCUAGCAGAUGCUACACAACAAUACAAAGAUGCUUUGACAAAUAAUAGAGUGCUCAAAUCAGAUGUGGAAGCAUUAAGAGCCAAAGUGAAAUUGGCAGAGGAUAUGGUAGCUAGAGGUUCAUUAAAUUCAAGUUUAAGUCAGCUCCUACAAAAUUUAAAUUACUUGAACACUCCUCAAUCGAUUGUAACCAAUAAUAAUAAUAGCAAUAACAAUAAUAAUAACACUAUGUGUCGUCUCGAUAACGUCUCUCCAACCAUCACCGUUCCCGGAGAAGACUCGUGGGGUGCAAUUUCUAGCCAGAAUCCGAUGAUCGGAGUCGAAAAUGUUUAUGCAUUCAAUCGGAAUUUCAAGAAUGGAGCUAUGAGUGAUACCGUUAGCUGUGUUUCAGAUGUUUGGUCCUUGGAAUAGCAUGUUCAAAGUGAAUUAUGGAUUUUAAUUAAUUAGUUAUAUAAAUAUUAUUAUUGUGGUAUUUAUGUAAUGAUUAUUUAAGGACAAUAUGUUUGUUUUA